AUGCCCAAGGCAAAACGCAAAGUCGUCGCUAAGCCCAAACCCUCAACAAAACCGACUACUGCUGCCAAAGGCCGUUCCAACGCUAAAGCUCACGAUAGGGUUGAUAUCGACGCCAGCAUGCGAAGGAGUAUGUCAGCAGCCACAGAAGCCAACGAGCCCCCAUUCUUUUUCUGGAAAGAGACGGAAAGAGAGGGGGGUUUUCUUUCGCCAUGGUACAAGUCUCAAUUCAGAAUGGAAGGAUCCACAUACGAGUCUGUUGGACAUGCUAUCAUGGCUGAAAAGGCGCGGGUCUUCGGAGACAAGGAAGUUCUUCAACGAAUUCUUGCUGCGAAGAGUGCAGAUGAACAGAAGACUUGGGGCAGCAACGUCAAGGGUUUUGACGAGAAAAUAUGGCAGAAAGAGGCCCUCAUGAUUGCCACACGAGCAAACAUGAAGAAGUUCUUCGAGGGCAAGAAAUCGGAGGAUCUUCAAAACUGGCUUCUAGCUCUAGGAUCACGCGAGCUUGUUUUCGCCUCUCCAUCGGACAGACUUUUCGGGAUUGGGUCCGGAGCUGCUACCGCAGAUCAAGCGGGCAGGGAGCAAUGGGGCCAAAACCUCUUCGGCGAGUCGCUUGAAACAGUAAGGAAGAAGAUACUCCAAAUGAACGACCCUGAUUUCCCUGCUGUGUUUGACAAGUUCGGUGGCAGGAAAAACAUAUAUUGGUAG